UUCCAGACUCACACCGAACAGCUGAUUCUGAUAAGCGCACCAACCACUGGAGAACAUCUGAUUUUGAUAAACGCACGAACCGCUGGAGCUUUCUAUUAUUAUUUUGAAUACGAGAUAGUAUUUAAAUGCUAAUGUAAAUAAUAAUUGAGCCAAACUGCAACGAUUAAAGGACGUUUGAAAGGGAUAGUCUGGAUGGAAAACAAGGCUCAUGUUAUUCCUCAAGAAAAUUGACAAACGAUAGGUCACCUGUGUCAGAUGCCAUGUCGACGGCCCCAUCGGCACGGUACUGUCCCACCCGGGACCUGGCCCUGGACCCCCUGAUGUCCUGCAAGCUGUGCCUUGGAGAGUUCCCCCAGGAGCAUAUGACCACCAUCAGCCAGUGCCAAUGUGUCUUCUGCAGCCUGUGCUUGAAGCAGUAUGUGGAAUUUCUGAUCAAAGAGGGCCUCGAAACUGCUAUUAGCUGUCCAGACUCUGCCUGCCCAAAACAUGGACACCUGCUGGAGAACGAGAUGGAAGGCAUGGUGGCAGAAGAGAGCAUGCAGAGGUACAGGAGGCUGCAGUUUGAGAGAGAGGUGCUGUUGGACCCGUGCCGGACCUGGUGCCCGUCCUCGUCGUGCCAGGCAGUGUGCCAGCUGAAGGAGGGGGAGAUGGAGUUGCCACAGCUGGUCCAGUGCUCUGUGUGCAGGCUGGAGUUCUGCUCGGCCUGCCGGGACGACUGGCAUAAAGGACAUGCCUGCCAGGACAACAUCUUCCUACCCAGGGUGACCAGUUCCUUCUACAAUAGCGAUGACGACACGCCCAUCAAGCGCUGUCCCAAGUGUAAGGUGUACAUUGAGAGGGACAAGGGCUGUGCUCAGAUGAUGUGCAAGAACUGUAAGCGCACCUUCUGUUGGUACUGCCUGGAGUCUCUGGAAGAUGACUUCCUCCUGAUCCACUAUGACGAAGGGCCGUGCAGAAACAAACUGGGCCUCUCCAGAGCUUCCGUUAUCUGGCACCGGACACAGGUGGUGGGGAUAUUCGCUGGCUUCGGGCUGCUCCUGCUGUUGGCGUCUCCCUUUCUCCUCAUAGCCUCACCCUUCGUUUUGUGCUGCAAGUGUAAAUGCAGUAAAGGGGAUGACGACCCUCUGCCAACCUAACCAACUCCACCCUGGGCACAGUCAUGCCAGCUCACCUGACAGACAGGGGCACCAGGCCUGUUGGUGAACUUGGUGGUUGGUUAGUUAUCCACUCCUUAUGGUGUUUUAGUCCCUCCCACCUGCCAAGAGGGCUCUUAGGGAUUGGUGGAUUGGUCGCUGGGGCAGAGCAGUGCAGGUGGAUGAGGAACACAGCCAGCAAGUUUGGUUGAGAGGGCACUCACUUUGUGGUUCUGUUGUGAUGUUCCAUGUGUUAAGAAGGGCCUGCAGAGGAGAGAACAGAACACAGCACCAGUCAAUGUUGGUUGUUGGUUCAGAGGGCUUGGAAGAUAUUCUCAAUAUGGGAUCAUUUAUGUGUGUGUCGGGUUCAAGGUGAAGUAUUUUUUUGUUGUUGUCUUAUACAGCUAUCUUGGUGCUUGUUUUGGGGGACUGCAAAUAUAAGUUUGGUAUAUUUGGAGGGAUCAGCCUUGGCUAUCAGUCAUGGUAUGUGGAAGAGUCUCCUCCAGGUUUAUAAGGAUUUGGUUGGGGGUUAUUUAUUUACCAACCCCUUCUCACUCCCCUUGCUCUUCAGUUUUCUAUACAGACCUGGUUUUCAAAUACUUGAAAAAUCGAUUCAAAUACUUUGAGCGUUUGCUUGAGUCUACCUGGUUUGCAGUUUUGGGACUUUUCUAUUGGUUCAUUAAGCCAGGCAAGCUCAAACAGGCACAGAUAAAGUAUUUUAAUAGAUUUUAAGUGUUUCUAUUUCUAUAAGAACAUAAACAAUGAUUUUAGAUUUUCAGUUUGUAUCAUGUAAGCUAAACCUCUGAGGACUCACACCAUCCCUAGAAUAUAUUAUGAGCGUUUUGUUUUGUAUUAUAGACUCGCUGGGAAGUAAUUGUCAAAUAAAAGAUGUGAAUGUUGUUCAGCAUAACCUACAAGUUGAAUGUCUACUGUAUGGUUGAGGAUGUUGUAUAAUCUACUCUGUCAACCAUGCCACCACUUAGAAUUGACUCUCGUUCUCCAGAAGAAGACUAUUUGUAAACCUCCAUUGAAAGUAUUUACCAUUGAAUCCUUUGCUAAAAUCCAGGGGGGGUGGUGCAACAUUGAUCUUUCAGUAUUUCUAUUAAACACAGUAGAAAAAACAGCAUACAGGCAGCCGAGAUGUAGCAAGCAGGGUUGGGGUCAUUUCAUUUCAAUCAAUUCAGGGAGUAAAAAUGUCCAAUUUCAACUUUGCUCAAUGCUUCUUUAUGAGAAACAUUUGAAACUGGAAUUUCAGUUUACUUCCUGGAUUGAACUGAGAUGGAAAACGAAUUGACUCCAACCCUGGUAGCAAGCUCUAAUGUCCACCAAAUAACCCAUUCUGUAGCAGUUCAACCUCCGUCCAUUAUCUAUACUAGCAGUGAAACCCUUUACCCCUUUAUGAGUUCAACUUACCUUCUUAUAUUAGACAAUGUACAUGAGUUGAUGUAGCCAAGGUGCCAUAAAAUGCCUUUAAAAUCUAUUUUGAUAUGAUGUGAUCGAUUCACAAUCCCUUUUUUUUUUUACCAAAAUGCUCUUAUUUGAUAUAGUACAUUCCAAAUAUGUUCUGUUAUAUAACCUACAAUU